GUUCAGUUGUUGACAGUUAAUUGUGUGUGAAGGUUGUGUGAUUUAAAUUUAGUUUCCGUUUAUUUUCUCGAGAUUUUCUUUUAAAUUAUUUUAAAAGAAAAGGAUUGCGAAAUCAAUAAAAUCUACUAUAGAUAUAUAAUUUUGAUAUCCUUCUGUAAUUAUACACAGUUUUUUUUCCAAAUACAUAAUGCAAGAAACCGUUGCAAAUAAUAACGAAAGAAAAUCACUGUUUUCGUCGUUCUUAGAAGUUUUGGAAGCUAGGGAGAAACAUGCUCAAGUAGAUAGAGAGCUACAAGAGGAGAAAUACCUCAGGAGGACACAGAGAAUAUACGAUUUCCACGAGCGUCAACGUCGUGAGGCGGUUGAGCUACGGCGUUGUCUGGACUACGUGUCUCAACAUGCGCACGUGUUGGAGACGGUGCUGAGGGGCGCCAGUACGGGUGCAGGUGAAGUUCCACUGAGUGCCGCGCUCGUGAGGCAAGCGGCCGCCCUUCAGCGCUGCAUGUCACAGUGCGUCGCCAACGCGUCCAGGAUCCGCCAACUGCUGACGGCGACGCACCAACCGCAGAUGGACUCCGUUUUAGCUAAAAUGGAAGCCGAGCUGAGUACGUGGACAGCCUUUUUGCACCGAGCAGUCGACGCGACAUACAACACUGAAAUUGUCAUCGAUAACUUACACAAUAUGAUUGCUGAACAGCGGCGGUAUGUACGCGAAGUGUCGUCGAGCAGUGUGUUCACUUCGUUGUGCGGUGCGGACAGCGAAGCCGGCGCGGACGCAGAAGCGACGGCGGAAGGCGAAGCGGACUCAAACACGGAAGCGGAUUCCACUCCGCGCUCGCCUCUAGAACGCCGCGCCCCAUCCGCCGCGUGCAGCACGCCCAUCUCCCGCGAAUAACGCACAUAAAAAAGUAUUCUGUUAUUUUUUACUCGAAUAUCCAAAAUAUCUGUGAAAUCUUUAUUGAAGACAUUAAGUAAAGGAAGUCGCCUGGCGGCUUCGUUAAAAUAUAAAUAUGUUUGUAAAAAUCGUUGCCUUCUCUGUGUACCGCAGAUGUUUUUAUAUAAGCUGUUUUUUUUUUUUUAUUAUAGUUAAUUAUUAAAAAAGACCGCGUUAAGGUCGUAUCGAAAUUGCUAUAUGUAAUAAUGAACGAUAGUUUUGACGUAACGUCAUCCAUGAACCUAGAUACUGCAAUUAAAAACUUUUCGAUUACGUAAGCACGAAACGUUCCAACCAUAAAGCUGUAAAUAAAUCUGGUGUUGCCAGAGCGUCGGCGGUGCGCGCCUGUGUUGCCUUGACGCGGCCGAAUUAAAUGUUUUUAUGAUCUAGUGGUGCUCGACGUGCGGAGCACUCGAAAUCGUAUCGAUCGCGUGUUUCAAUUCGAUCAUCGAUAGAAACGGAACGCUCCGUGCUCACCGGCUGACGUUGAGAACACAUUUAUACAAUUGAUAGGCAGCGACUGGGUUGUGCCCCUGGCAUUGCUGACGUCCAUGAGCGACGGUAACCAAUUACCGUCAGGUAGGCUGUAUGCCCGUCUGCCUACAGACGUCCAUAGCUGGAUAUAGGAUUCCCCAAGCCUCGCCACAAAGAUAGGUCUUGCUCUGCUUGCGGAUCUCCGCGAACCUCAAUAGCUCGUCGAUCCAUUUUGUGGGAGGUCUACUCACGCUACGUCUUCUCGUCUGCCUAUAAAAGGAAUAAAUAAAAAAGUUCACGAAAGAAAUCCGGUACAUCACGUUACUAAAAACGGUGGCGGGAAAAGGAAAAGUGUUCAACCGCAGCGGGUAGCGGCCAGAGACGGAAAGAGGUUUCAGAGGUUUCAAAUAUAAGCGUAAAAUUAAUUCAAUGCGUAUUAACCAACCCGUAUGUGAGUAGGCUUACAACCCAACAUGGGCCAGAAUUUAUUAAAUUCAUAUCAUCAAACAAUAUGAAAUUUGGUACGAAAAAGUAGUAAGAAAUUAUCUAACGCCAAUUUCCUUGGAAUACGCUGUAGUUAUAUAAUAUUCGACACUGGUAAUGGAUUGUCGAUUGAAGUUUAAAAGCGGUGGCUUAUCGAUAAAUUUGGAACGUAUAAAUCAUUUAUCGACCUUGUCGUAAUGCGAGUUCAUUUCAGAAUAGUUCUGUAUUGCAUUUCUAUUAUAUAUAAACAGUCUUCAAAUUAUAAUUACGUAUAAUCUGAAGAUGAAAAUGUUCGUGUAUUUGAUGAUUGAAAAUUGAUUGUGGUUGAAGAACGAACGAUAAAACUAUUAUAAUUCUUUAAUUAAAUUGUAGAUCUAAUAUGUUCAAUGCUAUGAAAGUUUCAUUUUAUACAUUUAAAUUGAAUUGCUUUAAGUAAUAUAAAUACGUAAUGCGUUUUUAACCGGGAAAUAAUAAUAUAAUUAAACAGGAUCAUAUUACGUGUAUGAUGGAACCUAAAAAAGAGGAAAAAAUUCCUAACGCCCAGCGUAUAGAGUGUGCAGAAAUAAUUCCGAAAAUGGAAGGAGAUAUAACAGCGAAUGAUAUCAAAUACGAUAAAAAAAUCACAUUCGAAAAUAUAUUAAUUAACUUUGUUCGCUCGAGGGCAAUCAACUCGCGGGAACGCGGGUAGGCACGCAUUUCGAUUCAACGAAUAUGAACUUAUAAAUUACAAUUUUUAGCUUAGGUAAUUAAUAUCUUUUAUCAUGCUAUUAGAGUUGUAUUUCAUUCAAUUUUCGAUUUCAUGAACUAUUUCUUUACACCGUGUACUCAUAUAGUUUAAACUCAUAGUUUCGGUUUGUUCUUUAAAACUUUCAUUAAGCUUAAAUAAGCUCAGCUUGUUAUCCCGUUACAUUACGCAUUUAGAAAUAAGGUCUAAGAUCGUAGGCGCAUGUGGCCGCAGACCCCCUCCGACCGGUCACUGGGGACAUCGGUGAGGUUGAGGAUCUGCGCUGAUAUCGUUCGAUAGAAUCGAGUUUCAUAUACAUAUGUAUAAAUAUAAAAUUAUUGUGGCCAAAUUUUUCUUAGAUAGCCAGGAUCCUGGCUUCGUACUGUCUUUUCUACCUCUUUAUCUUCGGUGGACCAAUAAUAUUACUUGUUUAGGUUCGACAUGAGUUCCACAUAAGUACGUUCAUAUCGACGAGUAAAAGGCUAUUUUUUUAAGCGACAUUUUGGCAACUUUACAGAAGAGCCAUUUAAAGUUUAAAAUUUAAAAAAGAUGUCAUAAAACUUCUUCGGUUAUUUGAAUGGAGUAAACUUAAUUGAAGUUCAAUUAAAAACAUCGAACUGUUGAUGCUAAUACAAACUUUUGACAAUUGACUUCCACGGUGAAGGAAUAACAUCGUGUAAUAAAAAUGAAACCCGCAAAAUUAUAAUUUGCGUAAUUACUGGUGGUAGGACCUCUUGUGAGUCCGCGCGGGUGGGUACCACCACCCUGCCUAUUUCUGCCGUGAAGCAAUAAUGCGUUUCGGUUUGAAAGGUGGGGCAGCCGUUGUGACUAUACUUGAGACCUCAGAACUUGUAUCUCAAGGUGGGUGGCGCAUUUACGUUGUGGAUGUCUAUGGGCUCCAGUAACCACUUAACACCAGGUGGGUUGUGAGCUCGUCCACCCAUCUUAGCAAUAAAAAAAAAUAAAAAAACGGACCUAUAAUUACAAAGAUAAAAUGUCGCUUAAAAAUAGUCUUUCACACCUCGAUGUAGUAUAUGUAUGCGCAUACAGAUAUUACACAGAUAUUAAAAUGUCUGAAAUAUAACGGACCACGAAAAAAGUUUCAAAUUGGAAUGACAGCGUUGCCAUGGCGACCGUUACUUCGAAUGUAAUGUUGUUGAUAGUGGUUGCCAUAGCAACUGAUGGUUGUUUUGAAACGGUUUGUGUGUAGAGCUAUGUCAAUAUAUUGUUCUGACAAGUGUAUUUUAUGCUUGUGUUAGAGAAUGAUAAAUUAUCUAUCCAAAUCUUAAAAUAAAUGAGAACUAAUGUGGAACUCUGUUCGUUUAUUCACCCAUGAUGUUAACGAAGUGAUUUUACAAUAAAAUAAAGAUUAAAAUGUGCUAGUUACAAUACUUUUUCCACUAAUUUGUAGUUUGUUGUACUGUCUGUAUUGUAAAUUUGGUUGUUAAAACAACCGAUAGUGUAUUGUGUCCGAUCCGAAGCUGUUCUUUAAAUUCUGAGGUCUUCCGAUCUAGAGAUGUGAGGGUCGGUUCUAGAAUAUUCUAUAACUUCUUACUGUUUAUUAUCGCUUUAAAAAGUAUGGAUGAUGUAUUUUUUAUAACGAAUUUUAUUAAUGUAAAUGUCAGUGUUAUGCAUGCGCAUAUUAAUGUGAAUUAUAAAUAUAUAAUAUCUUUGGUUAGGUCUGUACACUUUGGCCCCAAAUGUCACACAUGAUGGACUUGAAUUCACCCGAGGCUUUUCACGAGAAUUUUCGUGUAACAGUAAAUUACUAAAUGAUUAGCUGAAUUGAUUAUAUUUUACAUUGUUGAAACAUUAUAUUAUGACACCAAUUUUGUUAGCAUUUUUGGUCAGUACACAACAAUGAAUAUAGUGAAUUGGAUUGAAAUAUAUUAAAUAUGUAGUUAAAUAAAAAUUUUAAUCGUUACGUCAUGUUGUUAUUUUUACUUAGGGCCUGUGUUUAGGGGAGCUUUAAAUAAAAAGAAAGUUCUAAAAGAUGUAAAUUCUUGAGAACUAAGUUUGUAGAAAUGUCAUUGUUUUUAACACACACGUGGCUGUUUCGUGUUAUAUAUUAUGUUUUUUUUUAUACAAUAAAAUAGUAUGAAAGUUGAUUUUUUUCGAUUUGACCUUUAUGUAGUUUGUAUUUGUAUUUUUAAAUUCAACUUUUAUACAAUCUUUUAAUUUAGGAGCUUAAAGGCUACUACUAUAUUAACUAUAAUAUUACUAUUGAAAUGUUAACACGAGCGAAAUCGCACGUAAUUAUUAUUGCUUAGAUACGAAAGUAUACAUUUGAAGUUAUCAAAGCGUAAAAAAACUUUAGUGUUACCAUCUUAAAAUAAGUUGAGUGUCGCGAGUGUUGCCAUGGUUGUUAGCUGACUCUAUCCACUGCCACUAUCUUCGUGUUUAACUUGGGAACAGUCUUUGAUGUGUUCAUUUAGACUUUUAGUAACUCGCUUUAUUGUGUAAUUGUUACAAGUGCGCUGUUAAUAUUACAACUAUAAUGUAAUCUAAGAUGAAAUAGUGUAUUGGCUUUUUUAUUCAAAUGUUUAAAAUUCUAAAAUGGAAUGUAUUAUUGUCGAAAAAAAAAAAUUGGUUGUAUUGUCGGUACAAAGUCUGUGCCUUAUAUAUUCACUGUAUUGCAGGUGAAAACGAAAAGAAUUGCAUGCUUAACAUAAAAUAUUAUUCUUGUUAUGUAUGGAGCUCCCACAUUCCAAAUGUUUUGUGUAUAUAAUAAAAAAUAAAACAUUGAAAAUUCUUAA